UGAAACAAAAAACAUAGUAGCUUAAGGCCGGCCAUUUGAUACCAUCACAUAUUCUCCUCUCAUCCCACGUCCAAACCAAAACAUAGAUAUGGACACUUACAACAUUGUACUAACAUCAAUUUUUGAAGGAACAUACAAAGAAAACCUAGUAAACAUCGUAGUCUAAUUUUUUUAUUUAUCUAAACUAAACUUUCCUAUAAAUUUCAACAACUCUCACACAAUUUCAAGUCAUCACAAGCAACAAAGAUAGUCCAAAGAAUCAUUGCUAACAUGUCAAAGGGAGACAAUGUGGUUGUUUUGGACUUUUGGGCUAGUCCAUUUUGUGCUAGAGUGAAAAUUGCUUUGGAAGAGAAAGGUGUACCUCAUGUGGACAAUGAAGAGGAUUUGUUUGGAAAAAAAAGUGAGCUUCUUUUGAAGUCAAACCCUAUUCACCAAAAAGUGCCUGUGUUCUUGCACAAUGACAAACCUGUUCUUGAGUCUGGUAUUAUUGUUAGCUAUAUUGAUCAGGUUUGGUCUUCCAACCCACUGCUUCCAGCUGAUGCAUAUGAUCUUGCACAAGCUAGAUUUUUGGCUGAUUUCAUUGACAAAAAGGUAUUUGACACUGGGAGGAGCAUUUGGGCUAGCAAUGGAGAAGAGAGAGAAGUCGGAACACGGGACUUCAUUGAAGUUUUAAAGCAUCUGGAAGAAGCUCUUGGAGAGAAAGACUACUUUGGUGGUGAUGUCUUUGGUUAUGUAGAUAUCAUAGCCAUUCCUCAUUCUGCAUGGUUCUUAGCAUAUGAGAAACUUGGUAAUUUCAAAGUUGAAGAUCACUCCCCAAAAAUCUCAGCUUGGAUUAAGAGGAGCUUGCAAAGAGAAUCUGUCAAGAAAGUUCUUCCUGACCCUGAAAAGGUUUACCAGUUUGUCCUUCAUUUCAGGAAGAUUUCCGGACUUGAAUGAAAUUAAGAAUAUGCUUAUGUGUCUCAUAGCAGUGAAUGAUGUUUGUUUCUUUCAUUUUUCUUUUCCAAAAAUUGUAUUAGAAGUCUGUUGUUUUUGCUUUUCAAUUCUCACUCACCAGAGGGCUAGAACAAGUUGAAAUAGCUAUAAAAAUUUAGAGACGGAAAAUGCAAAACUCGUCUCUAAUUUUGUCGCUAAGUGUUAUCGACGUCAAGUUUAGUUACCAAUUUUACUUUUUCUGUAUCCAUAUUUUGUUGUUAUUUCAACUUUUUCUGGUAAUGAAAUAAAAUAUGAAAUAAGAAUCACCUCUGGGAUUUCUGUUUCUUUUCAAC